UCUCGUCCUCUUUCAUUCUAAACAACUGCCCAACACCUACAAAGCGCCAAUGUUUCUGUUGACUGGAGUACAUUCAUUUUGCUUCUUCUCCAACAAACACAAACAAGUCUACAGAAGCAGGCAGGAUGUCUGUGACCAUGGCCAAGGCUGAUGGGGUCACUGUGUUCACUUUGACCUCUGAUCCACAAAGUUCUUGUCCUCCACUGUGCCAAAUCCUGAAGGGCCUUUGUUACAGUCCUGUGUGCUGCUCUGUGUCUCAGCACUUGAAGAGAGUCCAGAAAAGUUCUCAGUCUGUACUCGGGGCUCUGCAUAUUAUGGUUGGGUUGCUCAACAUUGGCCUCGGAGCAAUUCUCUUUGGUGGUGGUGGUAUCUCUCGGUGGAUGUAUAUUAUCGGAUUUCCUUUUUGGUUAGGAGCACUGUUUAUGUUAUUCGGUGCCAUGAACAUUUUGUCCGAGAAGUGCCCAAGUCCAUGUCUGGUCAUCCUCAGUGUGAUUCUCAAUCUAGCAGGAGUUGCUUUUGCCAUUGCAGCCAUCGUACUCUACAGCAUACAAAUAACCUCAAUUAGUUUUUGGCGACUGUGUCGAUCUUAUGAUUACUUCGAUUACUAUUCACGAUACAGUACUCCAUCUCGUCAUGAGGACAUCAUGACAGAGAAAUGCUUGGAGGCCAAAGCACUGAUUCUGAUGAUUCGUAGAGGCAUCAUUGCUGUGCUGAUUGUCCUGUCGGUCCUGGAGAUCUGUGUCAGCAUCAGCUCUGCCGUCUUGGGGAUCAAGGCUCUGAGGAGCAGAGAGAAGAAAGAAAACAAGAGCACUGAUGACCCAGAACCCUGCAAACCUCUGUUGGAGGACGUCACCAAUAACAAUAUGGUGACAGUCUAAAUGAAAAUGAUGCUUUAUUAUCAUCUGUUACUAUAAUCCUGUGAAUGUACACCAUUGACUUUUUGUUCUGUAAAGUCCAUGAUUUACAUAAAGUAUCUGGUCCAAUCCAAACUUUUGGUCUUUUUCUACGUGGGUUGCUUAAAAAGAGUUGUGCUUUCCAUUUUAUUCUCUGUUGAUGUUUAUU